GCUGAGAUGCAAUUCCAGGAAUUGCACAACAAUGCAUCAAACCCUAAGGAACUAAGAGUGAAGUGGUCCGACUUCCCUAGUGAUUUUGUAUUUGGAGUCAGCACUGCUGCUGCACAGAUUGAAGGAUCAGCAAAUAAAGCAGGACGAGGACCAAGUGUUUGGGACGAGUUUGUUAAGAUAUUUCCAGAAAGAAUUGUUGACCGUUCUACCAUGUCAACAACAAUCGAUUCGUACAAGCGAUACAAGGAAGAUGUGAAGGCAAUAAAAGCCCUUGGAGUUGAUUCUUAUAGAUUUUCCAUCUCUUGGACUAGACUUCUCCCGAAGGGAACUUUGAGUGGAGGAAUAAACCAAAAAGGUAUUGAUCACUACAACAACUUGAUUGAUGAACUAAUCAAGAAUGGCAUCACACCAUAUGUAACCAUAUUACAUUUUGAUGCUCCACAAGCCUUGACAGUGAAGUACGGAGGCAUUCUCAAUCGGUCAUUUGUGAAUGAUUUUAAGGAUUACAGUGAACUUUGCUUUAAGAUCUAUGGAGAUAGAGUCAAAAAUUGGAUUACAAUCAACGAGCCUUUUGUUAUAGCCAAAAUGGGUUAUGAUCUUGGGGUUGCUCCACCAGGCAGGUGUUCUAAACCAGGCGGCCCUAUCGAUUAUUGCGCAGCUGGAAAUUCAUCUACUGAACCUUACGUUGUGGCUCAUAACCUUCUCCUUGCCCAUGCCAUUGUUUUUAAGCUCUAUAGAGAGAAGUUUCAAAAAAUACAAGGUGGACAAAUUGGAUGGAGCCUUCGAGGUUCGUAUGUUGAGCCUUAUUCAAAUUCAGCAAAGGACAAAGCUGCAGCUAAAAGAAUAUUGGACUUUGAAAUUGGAUGGUUCAUGGAACCAAUAGUAUAUGGACAUUAUCCAAAGAGUAUGAGGCGCUUGGUCAAGAAAAGGCUCCCCUGUUUUACCAAAGAAGAGAAUAAACUGAUUAAGGGAUCCUUCGAUUUCAUCGGCGUCAACUAUUACACCUCCAGAUUUGGUAGAAACAUUCAAGCACAUUCACAUAUGCCACGCCUCGCCCGCAAUGAUUCUUUAGCGUCAUCAGAGCUUAAUAAUGACAAAGGACUCCAAAUUGGUCCUAAGGCUGGUGCCAGCAUAUACAUCUAUUCUUAUCCACAAGGUCUCAAGAAACUUUUGAAGUUCCUGAAGCGAAAAUACCAGAGUCCUAAGAUCUACAUUUCCGAAAAUGGAAUAACAGAAGCAAAGAACAAUAAGCAUGGCCUCGAUGCAGCACUGAAGGACCCACAUAGAAUUGAAUGUAUUCUUCGGCAUUUGUACAUGAUCAAGCAUGCCAUAAAGAAGGGUGUGAAUGUCAAAGGAUAUUUCCACUGGGCUCUAUUCGAUGACUUUGAGUGGGGAGAAGGCUAUAACGUAAGGUUCGGGCUUUACUAUAUCGACUAUAAAAACAAUCUCAAGCGCAUUCCGAAAGAAUCUGCAAAGUGGCUUCCUAAAUUCCUCAAGGGCGAGGAUGCUUCAUACGACAAGUUAUCUUGA